AUGUCGCGUGCCCUCGUAAACGUGCUGCGAACAUGCUCGCGAUAUACUGCAGCAGCACCACGUAUAUACCAAUCAUCGUCGUCGCCAAUACCGCGAACCGCUUUGACCUGCGCACAAAAGCGAUGGAGUUCGCACUCACCGUUGGGCUCUGCGCCAGCAAACGCCCGUAAACCCGUCACCAUCAACACGCUUCAGAGUCUCUACCGCAAAGGCGAGCCCAUAACCAUGAUCACCGCGCAUGACUUCCCCAGCGCUCAUGUCGCCGACCAUGCUGGCAUGGACAUGAUACUAGUUGGAGACAGUCUAGCCAUGGUUGCGCUCGGCAUGGAAGACACGAGCGAAGUAUUAAUGGAGGAGAUGCUGCUGCACUGCAAGUCCGUGGCGCGCGCGACGAAAGGCGCUUUCACUGUCGGCGACCUUCCCAUGGGAACCUAUGAAAUCUCUCCCGCCCAAGCCCUCGAAUCUGCUAUCCGUAUGAUAAAGAUCGGCCGCAUGAAGGCCAUAAAACUGGAAGGUGGCGCCGAAAUGGCACCCACCAUCUCCAAGAUAACAUCCGCCGGCAUCCCUGUCCUCGCGCACAUCGGUCUCACACCACAGCGCCAAAACGCUCUUGGUGGUUUCCGUGUGCAGGGUAAAUCCACACACAGCGCUCUCAAGCUCCUGGACGAUGCACUCGCCGUGCAGCAAGCCGGAGCGUUCGCGGUGGUACUGGAGGCUGUGCCUGCACAAGUCGCUGCGUUGGUGACGAGGGAGUUGCGGAUCCCGACGAUUGGGAUUGGGGCCGGGAAUGGGUGCUCAGGGCAGGUGCUCGUGCAGGUCGACAUGUUGGGAAAUUUCCCGCCGGGAAGGUUUUUGCCCAAGUUUGUGAAGCAGUAUGGCAACGUGUGGGAGGAGGCACAUAGGGCGAUAAGUCAGUACAAGGAUGAGGUUAAGAGUAGGAGUUAUCCUGCUGAGCAGCAUACGUACCCGAUGGAUCAGAAAGCGUUUGAGGAGUUCAGAGACCUAGUCGACGAGGAAAAGGAGAAGUCGGAUCUGUUAUAG